UCGCGUGACUUGCGUCGACACUUGACGUCAUAUUUCUGCGACUGUUUACAUGCAGCAUUAUGGCUCUUUUCCCAGCUUUUGCUGAAGCUGCUAAUACCAAAGUUGAGAAUUCGUCAGAAGAAUUAGAUUGGCUGAACAACAAAAGCUUCCAGACUGGAGACGCCAUCUCGCUUCACAGUCGUAUCUUAGAGAAGACUGGCGAGAAGCCAUACCAAAAGGCGUCAAGGGAUGCUAGCUCCAGUCAGGGAGAAGAAAGGGAAGUGGGUGAUGGGCCACCAAGAAAGAAGAAAAAGAAGAGUGAGAAGAAAAGAAAAAAGAAGAAAAAGCAUAAAAAGAGAAGUGAGAGGAAUUCGAGCAGCAAUGGAUCUGAUUCUGACACCGUCUAUCCCAGUGAUCUCAUAAAGCAAGAGGAAGAGGAAGACAGGCAUCAGGACACUUCCUUAGCAAGUCGUUUCUCCUGGUUGGAUGACCUCCAGGCGCCCACAGGGCACCCAUUCUGUGUGGACCGUAAACCGGACUCGGCCAACUGGACUUACAAGUCUCUGUACAGAGGAGACGUAGCCAGGUACAGAAGGAAAGGCAGCUCCACUUUGGGUCUGGACUCUCAGAGACAGGGAGUCAGCUGGGAGGAGUCAGAAACAAAGAAGAGACAGAAAGGAGGGGACAGUAAGAAAACAGCUGACAGAUACUUUUCUACGGCCAGUCGGCAGCUGCUGAAGUCAGAGCCGCCUCUUCCUGUUUCACCUGUGGCUCCUGAUGCCCUCCAGCUGAGCUCCUACCUCCCCGUGGGUGAUGUUGAUGAGAAAAACAAAAGACAAGAGUCAGGUAGUGAAAGAUUUCCAACGUUGUCCGUAAAUCCCCUCGGAGUGUACGACUCGUCCACGGCUCUCUGGCUGCAGGGGAAAGGACAGCAGGACGAUCAAAAACGGGACUUAGAGACAGAAGGAAACCCUGUCUCUGUAGUCGGGAGGACUGGAGAGUUUAACCGGCGGCUCAGAGAGCAGCCAUCAGACACACAGCUGUGGAUACAGUUCAUACACUACCAGGAUGAAGUGAGUUCUGUGGCAUUUGAGGAAGAGCAGGGUGGUGAAUCAGCAGAGCAUCGUAAGUCCUCCUACAGAGCCAUUCUGGACAAAAAACUGAGCAUCGCAGAGCGAGCCGUGGCUGUGAACCCGUCCUGCAUCGCCCUGCAGCUCGAGAGGCUCAGAAUCUGUCAGGAGCUCUGGGAACCCUCAGCUCUGGCUAAAGAAUGGAAGAAACUGGUGUUCCUCCAUCCAAACAGCGCCCCCAUGUGGAGGGAGUAUCUGCUCUUCACUCAGAGUUACUUCAGCUCCUUUACUGUAACCAAAGUCAACUCUGCGUAUGGAAAGUGUCUGAGCACACUCAGCGCCGUGCGAGAUGGCAGCAUGCUGUCUCAUCCAGCUCCACCAGGACUAGAAGAAGACAUGCUGGAUAUCUUCACCCAACAGUGUCAUUUCCUACGACAGUCUGGUCACUCUGAGAAGGCCAUUUCUCUGUUUCAGGCCAUGAUCGACUUCACCUUCUUCAAACCUGACAGUGUAAAAAAACUGUCCACCAAGCAGCAGGUGGAGUUCUUCGAGCCGUUCUGGGACAGCGGGGAGGCGAGAGUUGGGGAGGUGGGGGCCAGAGGAUGGAAGGCCUGGAUGAUCCAACAAGAACAAGGAGGGUGGCUUCAACCCGGUGCAGAAGAUGAGGACGAGGAGGAGGAGGAAGAAGAAGAGGAGGUGAAGGACAGGAGUCUACCCAGGGGAACGGUGUGGCUGGAUGUAGAGUCGAUGCGUGAAGCAGCUCACUGGUUACCGUGGAGACCAGACAAAGCUAAGGGCCAAUCAGAGGAGGACUGUGAGGAUCCAGACAGACAGGUGCUGUUUGACGACAUCGGUUCGUCCCUGAUUGUUCUGUCUUCAUCAGAACUUCAGUUCCAGCUUCUUCUCAAGUUCUUGUCCUUUCUGGGUCUGCCUGUGGACUCUGUGAUCUCCUCUCCUCCUUGUCAGCCGGGCCUGCUUCUGGAGAACCUUUCUCUGCUCACUCAGGGUAACGACCUCCAGCGUCCUCUGACCUCCUAUGAGCUACCUGACCUUGGGAUGAACUCUGUAGGUCACAUGACCACUCUACAGGGAGUAAGGAAGUGGACGGGGCUCGGGAAGCAGGGUGAGAAGUUCCUCACCAACGUGUUUGGGAUAAUCCAGCCCGUCCUUCCUCCUCAUCGCCGAGGGUUUCUGUCACUCAGCUGGAUCCGAUACGAGAAACUCAAGGUUUUGCGCUGCCUGCACAGCGGCAAUAAGAAGCGUCUUCGCUCUCAGGGGAAGAGCAGCAAGCGGGUCGCUAAAAGGCUGCUCAAAGAACCCGACAAUCGCUCUUCUUUGGUGUUGUGGCGGGAGUACGCUCACUUGGAGUGGAUCCUGGGAAAUCUGGAUGAAGCUCGGAAGGUUUUCUCCACGGCCACAGCGAUGGGAGGAACCAAAGGCCCGAGUGGGCCCAGUCUGUGUGAGCUGUGCCUCCUGUGGUCCCAGUUGGAGGCAGAGGACGGAGCGAAGGGGCAAACGGGCCAACACGCUGAUGCAACAAUGUCACCGGCAGUCCGUGUGCUGACCCGGCUAGCAGAGGGAACAUCCUCUCAGUCCAUUUCCCCGGUUUCCAUCCUGAAAGCAAGGAGGUCCUAUGAGCAGGCUCUGAGUAGCAGCUUGUCAGCUCUGGACCAGAACAUUCAGAAUCUUCAAUCAGACAGAAAAGGAAGUAAAGAAGACCUGCAGGAAGAGAAGCUGAUGUUAAGAGGCCUGGUUGGCUGUUACGCUCUGUUUCAGUACCUAACAGUCGGCAUCCAAGCGGCUUUGACCGUCUACAGCCAGGCCAGAGACAAGAUGGAGGAGCUGCACCGAAAACGGGCGACUGACUCGGUUAAACCCGGCGGCAUGGAAGCGAGUUUCCCUGCAGCUGAUUCCAGCCUCACUGACCGGCGUUUGGCCUCAGAGUGUGAGGCGCUGGCGGUGCAGCAGGUGGCGCUGCUGAGGUUCCACACCAACAUCAGCGUGUUUCCUUUGGUGACGCUGAGACAGACGCUCACUUCUGCCCUCUCCGCCUGGCCCAGCAGCGCCCCGCUCUGGUGCAUUUACCUUCAGCUGGAGAACCAUUACCACAGUGCCGGCCGGGCCCGCCGUUUUUUCCACGCUGUAACCAGAGACAACAGCAGCGUUACACCCCGUCUGUUUGCUAUUGUUGCUGAACAACAAAGGAAGCAGCUGGUGGACGCUGCUCAGAGAUCUUGUUGCUUCGAUGAGCCCCUACCCGUACUGCCAGAAAACGGCCUCAGCAACCGAAUCCGAGGACUGUUUGAGAGCGCCAUAGCAACAGAGAUGGGUGCUCACUGUCCUUUAUUGUGGAGGAUGUACGUCCACUUCCUGAUGUCUGAAGGUAAAGCAGAUAAGGCCAGAGGGAUCUUUUAUAAGGGCUUGCAGAACAUCCCCUGGGCGAAGGGCUUGUACAUGGAUGCAGUGCAGAUGUUUCCUGAGCAUCUGCAGGAGUUCAUAGACCUGAUGACGGAGAAGGAGCUGCGACUGAGGCUGCCUUUAGAAGAGCUGGAUAUACUGCUGGAGGACUGAAAACGCCAGGCUGCAAGAGAAUCAAACACAUAGAAAGUUUUAGUUAUUAACGAUUCUUUUGUACAUUAUGUUCUGAACUGAUUUUAAAACCUAAUUUUGUCCACAAAAGUUCCUGUAUAUUGAUGCUGUGUUGGACGUUUAUUUUUUAGGUUUGCAAGGUUGUGUUCACAUUAAAAAUUUAACCUAGUUCAGGUUAUAAACCAAAUUAUGGCACACAAUGUGUACUUAUUCAAUAGAAAAUAUUAAUAAUCUAGAAACAUAAAUACUAAAAAUAUUUGUUCUUUUGUUUUACAACAAGUUUUGCUGUUUCUUUAGUGACAUAUCCAGGUUUUUGUUUACCUUUACUUGUUUCAACGACAUCUUCAGUUUUCCUCAGAAGUGUCAGUCGAUGAACAUCAAGGAACAAAUGACACUUCUGAGGUUAACAGCAGAUUCAAGUAAAGCUAAACCAAAACCUGGAUCUGUUGUUACUAAAGAUUUUGAAAAAUGUACGUAAUAAAGAUUCUGUCAUAUAAAAACAUGUUAAUUUAGAUUUAUGCUGUGAUUUUCUAGUGAAAAUUGAUCUAAUGAUGACAAAGAUUUUCUUUUCAACUUAAAAGUUUUAAACUAUAGUUUUUAAAUGACAACUUUGAAUAAAAAUGACCUUUUAUGUUUUUCUAAAUAUAUGUUAAAGUGAAGGAAA